AUGGAGAUUGUUGAAGACAUUGUCAUUGUGGGUGCUGGAAUAGCAGGCCUCACUACCUGCCUUGGACUCCACAGGUUGGGAUUGCGAAGCUUGGUUUUAGAAUCAUGGGACUGUCUGAGGGUCACUGGGUUCUCAUUUGUAACAUGGACUAAUGCUUGGAAGGCCUUGGAUGCCCUGGGCAUUGGUGAUUCCCUCCGGCAACAACAUUACAGGAUUCAAGGGUCUGUGACUAUUUCUUCAGCUUCAGGACUUCCAGUCUCCCAGUUUUCUUAUGAUGCUCAAGGGAAACAUGGAGACCAUGAAGUUCGCUGUGUGCAAAGGAAGGUACUACUUGAAGCCCUUGCAAAUGAAUUACCACCAGGCACCAUUAGGUUCUCCUCUAAUGUUGUUUCCAUCGAGGAAUCAGGUUAUUGGAAACUGGUGCACUUGGAAGAUGGAUCCAUCCUCAAGACUAAGGUGCUGAUAGGAUGUGAUGGUGUGAACUCAGUGGUGGCACAAUGGUUGGGUCUUCAGAGGCCAACCUUCACCAACCGAUGGUCUACAAGGGGCUUCCUUGAGUUCCCAGAUGGCCAUGGCUUUGAGCCCAAAUUCUUGCAAUUCAAUGGAGAUGGCUUUAGAUCUGGUUUCCUUCCUUGCACCCAAAAUUCCAUCUACUGGUUUUUUACUUGGACAUCAUCAUCAGACCAAUACAAUGAUGUAACAAAGAAUCUCGCAAAAAUGAAGCAGUUUGUGCAGAGCAAUCUUGGGAAAGUACCUAAAGAAGUGAAGGAUGUAGUAGAAAAGACUAACUUAAAAAGCAUCAUCUCCUCCCCUUUAAGGUUCAGAUGGCCAUUUAAUGUGUUAUGGGGAAAUACGUUCAAAGACAAUGUUUGUGUAGCUGGUGAUGCUCUCCAUCCAAUGACUCCUGAUAUUGGUCAAGGUGGAUGCUCAGCAUUGGAAGAUGGUAUUGUUCUAGCUAGGUGUCUUGCAGAAGCCUGGUCAACUAAACCAAAAGUUGAAAUCAAUAUGAAAUUUGAAGAAGAAGAAGGAGAAGAAUACCAGAAGAUCAAGAAGGCUUUGGAGAAGUUUGCCAAUGAAAGAAAAUGGAGGAGCUUUGAGCUCAUCAGUACAGCUUAUAUCGUGGGAUUUAUACAACAGAGUAAUGGGAAAAUUAUAACCUUCUUGAGAAAUAAACUGUUGUCACCCUUCAUAGCCAAGUUGUCAUUAAAAAAGGCUGACUUUGAUUGUGGGAAACUACAAUUUUCCUGA